CACCCGGAGACACCCGCGCAGCCUCGCCUCCGGAUCCCGGGCAGUCGGCGGGAGUGUUGGAGGUCGCCGCGGGCCCCCGCCCUCCGCGCCCCCCACGGGAAGGAAGCGACCCCGUCUUAAAACGAGCGGAGCGGAAAGGAGUCGUCAGUCGCCGGCCGGGAGGCGAGCCGAUGCCGAGCUGCUCCGCGUCCACCAUGCCGGGGAUGAUCUGCAAGAACCCGGACCUCGAGUUCGACUCGCUGCAGCCCUGCUUCUACCCGGACGAAGAUGACUUCUACUUCGGCGGCCCCGACUCGACCCCCCCGGGGGAGGACAUCUGGAAGAAGUUUGAGCUGCUGCCCACGCCCCCGCUGUCGCCCAGCCGCGCCUUCGCGGAGCACAGCCCGGAGCCCCCGAGCUGGGUCACCGAGAUGCUGCUGGAGAACGAGCUGUGGGGCAGCCCGGCCGAGGAGGACGCGUUCGGCCUGGGGGGACUGGGCGGCCUCACCCCCAACCCCGUCAUCCUCCAGGACUGCAUGUGGAGCGGCUUCUCCGCCCGCGAGAAGCUGGAGCGCGCCGUGAGCGAGAAGCUGCAGCACGGCCGCGGGCCACCGGCCGCCGCCUCCGCCCUCAGCACCUCCGGAGAGGACACCCUGAGCGACUCAGAUGAUGAAGAUGACGAAGAGGAGGAUGAAGAGGAGGAAAUCGAUGUGGUCACCGUGGAGAAGCGGCGCUCCUCCUCCAACAGCAAGGCUGUCACCACUUUCACCAUCACCGUGCGCCCCAAGAAUGCAGCCCUGGCCCCCGGGAGGGCUCAGUCCAGCGAGCUGAUCCUCAAACGAUGCCUCCCCAUCCACCAGCAGCACAACUACGCUGCCCCGUCGCCCUACGUGGAGAGCGAGGAUGCGCCACCCCAGAAGAAGAUUAAAAGCGAGGUGUCCCCACGUCCCCUCAAGAGUGUCAUCCCCCCAAAGGCUAAGAGCUUGAGCCCCCGCAACUCUGACUCGGAGGACAGCGAGCGUCGCCGCAACCACAACAUCCUGGAGCGCCAGCGCCGCAACGACCUGCGGUCCAGCUUCCUCACGCUCAGGGACCACGUGCCGGAGCUGGUAAAGAACGAGAAGGCCGCCAAAGUGGUCAUUUUGAAAAAGGCCACCGAGUACGUCCACUCCCUUCAGGCCGAGGAGCACCAGCUUUUGCUGGAAAAGGAAAAGUUGCAGGCAAGACAGCAGCAGUUGUUAAAGAAAAUCGAACACGCUCGGACUUGCUAGACGCUUCUCAAAACUGGACAGUCACUGCCACUUUGCACAUUUUGAUUUUUUUUUUUUUAAACAAACAUUGUGUUGACAUUAAGAAUGUUGGUUUACUUUCAAAUUGGUCCCCUGUCGAGUUUGGCUCUGGGUGGGAGCAGGACCACCGGUGUGAGGUUCUGCCAGGACCUCGGAGAGCCUGCCUCUCGCAAUGCUGGGUGGCCCUGUGGCCUCCUCCACCUCACCUCGGUGACAGCAGUAGACAUUCGUGACAGUUGGGACCCUCUGGGGCUGUUGAAGUCACCUUGUUUGUUCCAAGUUUCCAAACAGCAGAAAGUCAUUCCUUCUUUUUAAAAUGGUGCUUAAGUUCCAGCAGAUGCCACGUAAGGGGUUUGCCAUUUGAUACCCCUGGGGAACAUUUCUGUAAAUACCAUUGACACACCCGCCUUUUGUAUACGUCCUGGGUAAUGAGAGGUGGCUUUUGCGGCCAGUAUUAGACUGGAAGUUCAUACCUAAGUACUGUAAUAAUACCUCAAUGUUUGAGGAGCAUGUUUUGUAUACAAAUAUAUUGUUAAUCUCUGUUAUGUACUGUACUAAUUCUUACACUGCCUGUAUACUUUAGUAUGAUGCUGAUACAUAACUAAAUUUGAUACUUAUAUUUUCGUAUGAAAAUGAGUUGUGAAAGUUUUGAGUAGAUAUUACUUUAUCACUUUUUGAACUAAGAAACUUUUGUAAAGAAAUUUACUAUAUAUAUAUGCCUUUUUCCUAGCCUGUUUCUUCCUGUUAAUGUAUUUGUUCAUGUUUGGUGCAUAGAACUGGGUAAAUGCAAAGUUCUGUGUUUAAUUUCUUCAAAAUGUAUAUAUUUAGUGCUGCAUCUUAUAGCACUUUGAAAUACCUCAUGUUUAUGAAAAUAAAUAGCAAUUAAAUGAUGCAA